CCACCGCUUUAUCGCCACGCGCCCGCUAUUCUGGUGGUCCCCGUGGUCACCGCUGCGGCGGGCGUGCGUCUACCUCUCCACCAACCAGUACUUCGACUACAUCGUCAUGGCCACCAUCCUGCUCAACUGUGUCUUCCUAGCCAUGUCCGAGACUAUCGAAGAGGCUGAGUACAUAUUCCUCGCAAUCUACACGUUGGAGAUGAUAAUCAAGUGCAUAGCGAAAGGCUUCAUCCUGAACAAGUACACGUACCUGCGGAACCCGUGGAACUGGCUAGACUUCGUGGUGAUCACGUCGGGCUACGCGACCAUCCGCCUGGACCUGGGGAACCUCGCUGGCUUGAGGACGUUCAGGGUGCUGCGGGCGCUGAAGACAGUGUCCAUCAUGCCUGGCUUGAAGACCAUCAUCAACGCGCUACUGCACUCCUUCAAGCAGCUGGCCGAGGUCAUGACGCUGACCAUCUUCUGUCUGAUGGUGUUCGCGCUGUUCGCUCUGCAGGUCUACAUGGGCGAACUGAGGAACAAGUGUGUGCUGAACUACCAGGGCGUGGAGGGGGAGAAUUUCACGGAUGACGCUUGGUACAGAUGGAUCAAUGACACGCGCAACUGGUGGGUGGACGAAGACGGCGACCCCAUCAUCUGCGGCAACCUGACCGGCGCCCGGCACUGCGCGCCCACCCACACGUGCCUGUGCAUCGGCCCCAACCCCAACCACGGGUACACCAACUUCGACAACUUCCUGUGGUCCAUGCUUACCACAUUCCAGCUUAUUACGCUGGACUACUGGGAGAAUGUGUACAAUAUGGUGCUAUCGUCCUGCGGGCCGAUGUCCGUGUCAUUCUUCACGGUGGUGGUGUUCUUCGGCUCGUUCUACCUCAUCAACCUGAUGCUGGCCGUCGUGGCGCUCAGCUACGAGGAGGAGUCGCAGAUCACGCAAGAGGAAAGAAAAAAGGACCUAAACGAGCACAGGGACGACUCGACGUUCAGUUUCGACCCAACGUCGCUGGCCGUCAGGACCCUAGCCAAGGACUCAAAGAAGAGGAUAGACGCCCGCAAAGGGCUUCUAUUAGCAUCGUAUUCACGGAAGCGGACGAGGAGACGCAAACGGGGGAAGAGCGCCAUACACCAUGCUGCUGCCGUUGCUGCUGUGGCUGAGAGGUCACGGUCCCGGUCCCGGUCGCGGUCCGUGACGCCGAGCGCGUCGCCGCCGCCGAUGCCCGCGCCGCCCCCGCCGCCCCCGCACACGCUGCACCCCGACAACGCACUAGUGAUACUCUUCGCAGGUCGCGGGGCGCUAAGCGCCGCGGGCCGGCAGCUGAGCGACCACAGCAACAACCGCGAGUCGUCGCUGGACGACUCGGGCGUCGUCGACGACCACGACGACGGGGAGCACACGUCCGACGACCAGGCGCCGCAUCCGCAUCCGCAUCCACAUCCGCAUCCGCAUCCGCACCCGCAUCCUCAUCCUCAUCCGCGGCGGGCUCACGUGCAGUUGCCCCCGCCGCCGCCGCCACAGCCGCCUACUAUGCUGGCUUUGAUGCCACGGGAACCAGCACAAACACAGCCACCCCAAUCAAAGCAGAAAUCGUCAGACAAGAAAAAAGGGGACAAGAGCAUCCAAGAGAAGUAUCCGCUGAACCCGGACUACCUCAACCAGAUCGUGGUGCUAGGGGCGGACUGGCCAUACAAGCGCGCGCCCGACCUCCCCCAAGCGGAGACGACGAAAAUUAAUGAGCUCAGUUUAUUGGCAGCCACGCACAAAACUCAUAUGGGCAAUUAUGAACAAAAUUGCACUUACUUCACAGACGAACUGAUGGACAGAAACUGUGAAUGCUGCGUGACUUGCUGUAUUGACUACGAGGGCUGGCUGCAGUUUCAGAACUGUCUGUACGGCAUUGUGAAGGACCCACUAUUCGAGUUGUUCAUAACAACGUGUAUAGUUCUCAAUACGCUGUUCCUAGCAUUGGAGCACCACGGCAUGAGCGAAAACGUUAGAAAUGUAUUAGAUAUAGGAAAUAAGGUGUUCACGUCAAUAUUUACUUUAGAGUGUAUAAUGAAAGUGAUGGCGAUGAGCAAGGAUUUCUUCGCCUGCGGCUGGAACAUAUUCGACUUGAUCAUAGUGUCGGCCAGUCUGCUCGAUCUCAUAUUUGAGCUUGUUGACGGCCUUUCUGUACUACGGGGCCUUCGCUUGUUGCGUGUGUUAAAGUUAGCUCAAUCGUGGACUACAAUGAAAGUGUUGUUGAGUAUUAUAAUAUCGACAAUCGGUGCUCUCGGUAAUUUGACGUUCGUGUUAGUGAUAGUUAUAUACAUAUUCGCUGUUAUCGGUAUGCAACUGUUCUCUAAGUCGUACACACGCGAAAAGUUCGAGCCGGACGAUGUGCCCAGGUGGAACUUCAAUGAUUUCUUCCACUCGUUCAUGAUGAUAUUCCGGAUCCUAUGCGGCGAGUGGAUCGAGCCGUUGUGGGACUGCAUGCGCGCCGAGCAGGAGAACGGCGCCGAGAGCUGCUUCUUCAUCUUCCUCCCCGCUCUCGUCAUGGGCAACUUCAUGGUGCUCAACCUCUUCCUUGCCUUGUUGCUCAACAGCUUUAACAGCGAAGAGCUUAAAAAUAAGAAGGAGGUAAUCAAAAAGGAAGUAGGCGAGGAUUCCAAGCUAGCUAAAAGUUUCGAUAGAAUACGUUCCAUAGUAAGAAAAAAAGGUUUUCUUAUAUCAAGAAGCAAAGAGACUGAAAAGAAAUCUAAGUUAGAAGAGCUAGUUAACGAGUUUAUGAUACAAAACCGCGCGGCGCAGAAAAAGGCGUCGAUACCUAGCGAACAGAAUGCUUACUUUUCCAAUGUGCAGGAGACUACGGUCCUGUUUCCUCACGACAAUAUCUAUAGUCAUAGUUACCAAGAAGCGUUAAACAGGCCAGUAGUAGGAUUUGACUACCCUACUCUAUUUCAAUCCGGAAACAACUUCAAUCACGGUAGCCAAGAAACUUUAAAAGAUGUAAAGGACUUUGCAAUAGAACAUAAAAUAACUAGUAUUCGAGAAGAUUCCAAAGAGAACCUGGAUGACUUGUCUGUAGCGACGGACCAGGUGAACGCGCAAAGGUUAUUGAAUCAAAUGUCUUCGGGAUACCAUACUCAGCCUUCAGAGACAAAAGAUGAUAACGAGCAAUACGAAAUGGCGCAUAUGUCCACUAGGACGACACCAGAAAAAUCUAAGAGACAAGGAAGGGAGCCACCAAACGUUUCAUGUAAGGAAUCUGGCAAAAGACCAGAAGACGAAGACAUGAAGCGUCCGUGGCAAACUUUGGUCUCUUAUGUAGAUGAAUUAACCGUAGGUGGGAGAAAAAACUCCAAGGGGCAGUACGCUGAUGCAAUGGGAAAUUUUCCGGGAUUCGGGACCCAGAAAGAGGAGAAAGUUCCACAAGAUUGUUACCCGGUUCAGUGCUACGAUUACUGUCCUUGUUGGGAUACAUGUAUCAAAACAAAGAUGGGUCAGCGAUGGAUGGUAUUCCGUACAUUCGUUAUGCGGUAUGUCGACACACCAGCAUUUGAGUGGUUCGUCCUAGUACUAAUUUUCGCAUCUAGCAUAACCCUUUGCUUCGAAGACAUACAUCUCGAAAAAAACAAGCCGCUCAAGAAAAUUCUUUACUGGACAAAUCUCGGCUUUUGUAUGAUUUUCGUAAUUGAAAUGUUUCUCAAAUGGAUUGCGCUGGGGUUUUUUCGAUACUUCACGAGUUUUUGGACGUUGCUGGAUUUUACUAUAGUUUUUGUGUCAGUGUUUAGUUUGUUAAUAGAAGAAAAUGAAAACUUGAAGGUGUUAAGGUCGCUCAGAACUUUGCGAGCACUGCGACCACUGCGAGCAAUAUCGAGAUGGCAGGGAAUGCGAAUCGUAGUAAACGCAUUGAUGUACGCAAUACCCAGUAUCUUCAACGUGCUACUUGUCUGUUUAGUGUUUUGGUUAAUUUUUUCCAUAAUGGGUGUGCAAUUUUUUGGGGGAAAAUUCUACAAGUGUGUCGACAGCGAAAACCGGCUAUUACCUAUAGCAGAAGUGAAUGAUAAAUGGGAGUGUUACUAUAACAACUACUCUUGGGUGAACUCCAAAAUAUCGUUCGACCAUGUAGGUAUAGCGUAUCUGGCACUUUUCCAAGUGGCUACAUUCGAAGGCUGGAUGGAAGUGAUGGCGGACGCCGUAGACGCACGGGGGGUGGACCUACAACCAGCCAGAGAAGCUAACCUUUACGCUUACAUCUAUUUUGUAAUAUUCAUAGUGUGUGGAUCGUUCUUCACUCUUAAUUUAUUCAUAGGAGUUAUUAUAGAUAAUUUUAAUAUGCUUAAGAAAAAGUACGAAGGUGGAGUCUUAGAAAUGUUCCUGACAGAAAGUCAAAAACAUUACUACACAGCCAUGAAGAAACUUGGCAGAAAGAAGCCCCAGAAAGUAAUAAAAAGGCCAAGGAAUCAGUUCCUUGCGAUGUUUUACGACUUGUCAAACUCGCGACGUUUUGAAAUUGCGAUUUUCGUACUUAUAUUCUUGAACAUGUUGACGAUGGGCAUAGAACAUUACGAUCAACCACAUUCCGUUUUCUUUAUAUUAGAAGUUAGUAACGCGUUUUUCACUACAGUAUUUGGAUUAGAGGCAAUAGUGAAAAUAAUAGGGCUCCGCUACCACUACUUCACGGUUCCAUGGAACGUGUUCGACUUCCUGCUCGUGCUAGCGUCUAUCCUCGGUAUCCUCAUGGAAGACAUUAUGAUAGACCUGCCGAUAUCCCCCACCUUACUCCGGGUAGUCCGCGUGUUUCGUAUAGGGAGAAUUUUAAGACUGAUUAAAGCCGCUAAGGGCAUUAGAAAGCUGCUAUUUGCGUUGGUGGUGUCCCUGCCCGCGCUCUUCAAUAUCGGCGCGCUACUGGCGCUCAUCACGUUCAUCUACGCCAUCAUAGGCAUGUCCGUGUUCGGCCACGUUAAAGAGCAAGGCGCGCUAGACGAUCUCGUCAACUUCCAGACCUUUGGGAGGAGCAUGCAGCUGCUUUUUCGUCUCAUGACGUCAGCCGGCUGGAACGACGUUCUAGAAUCAUUAAUGAUUACACCCCCCGACUGCGAAUAUGGCGACCACGGCAACAAUGGGAACUGCGGAAGCCCUCUCCUCGCCAUCACCUACUUCACAUCCUUCAUCAUCAUCAGCUACAUGAUUGUCAUUAACAUGUACAUCGCCAUUAUUUUGGAGAACUUCAAUCAAGCCCAUCAAGAAGAGGAAAUAGGAAUAGUUGAAGAUGACUUGGAAAUGUUCUACAUCAGAUGGUCUAAAUACGAUCCACACGCAACACAGUUUAUAAGUUUCGCUCAGCUCUCAGAUUUCAUCGCCUCUCUGGAUCCACCGUUAGGAAUACCGAAACCAAAUACAGUAGCGUUAGUCAGUUUCAAUCUCCCCAUUGCCAGAGGAAACAAGAUCCACUGUCUAGACAUUCUUCAUUCGUUAGUCAAACAUGUCCUCGGCCACGUCGAAGAGACAGACACCUUCAGGCAAUUACAGGAACAGAUGGAUAUCAAGUUUAAGAAACAGUUUCCAACGAGAAAGGAACUGGAGAUCGUUUCGUCUACUAGGAUAUGGAAGAGAGAAGACAAAGCCGCUCGAACGAUACAGCGGACGUUUAGGGAGUAUAUCAAACGAAAGAAUCGUAGUCCUUCAAAUGAGGAGGAGAGUACAAAGUGGUCGCCUGGCGGUGGUUGGGGCGGUCGCCUCAGCGCUUUGCUGCACGUCCGAAGAGGGUCGCACGCGUCGACUAGUCGGAAAUCCUCUCGAGCUUCCGACGCUUCGGACCUGAGCGAGUUAGGAGGGGCUUGGCUUAACCUGCCCCUCCUACUCCUGCCGGGGGCCACGCCUGGUGACCAGGUUCCGAGCGGGUCCGAAUCGGCGCCGCCGCGGCGUCGCUCGGCGUACGGUUUGCCGCUAUUCCUACGACACCAGGACGCGGUGGAUGAGGACGGCGGGCCCAAACGCGCAGGUUCCCUUCGUCUAACGUCGCUGCGGUCGUCGGCGCGGCGCGCGACGUCGCCGGCGCGCGCGCACACGCCGUCGCCGCACGCGAGCAGCGCCGUCAGCAUCCUCGUGACCGAGGCGUCGCCCGACGCCGCGCCGCCGCCGGCCGCGCCGCCGACGGUGGUGCGCGUGCUGGUGCACCGCGAGAGCGACGAGCGGCCCAGCUGAUCCGAGUCCGCCGAGCCUGUCGGCCAACCGCAGACUCCCCCCGAGACGGUCUAGUGUUCCGGCCCGAGUGUCAAAUGUUUAUCGACCGCUCGCAAGCGCGGCUGGAGUGAUUGUGAUUUUUUAAAUUUAAUCUAGCUUUAUGACCACGUCUAUUAAUGUACGAGUGCGGCGUAGUACCCGGAACUUCCAAUAGCGACGUUUUAUCGUGUCUCAUCAAUUUUAAAACUAGAUAGAUAUUCAGUAUUCGCGCCGCUUCAUAGUCGCCGGUGGAUUGUACAGCUGUUUUUAUGAUAUUUACUAGUUGUAUGAGGAAUCUCGAUGAUGGUUGUAUUUGACGACUUUGUUGUAAAUAGUAUUUAGAAUACGAGAACGACUGAUACCGACACCUGAAGUCUACGGCGGGCGCUUCGUCUCCGUUUAGUUUAACCGCUAUCUUAAAAAUACGGCGAUAAAUAACAGUAGUGAAUACCUGAAUCGAAAAGAGCUCGGCAAGCGUAAACUCGAGUUAUAACAGAGCUAAAUUAUAGUGAAAAAUAAUAAGAAACGUCAAUUUUCGCCUUAGUGAAAUAGAAAUUAAAUUGUUUAUACAAUUUAUAGCAUAGAUAUGGUAGAUGUAGGCAUCGUUUCAGUUUCACAGUGCCUCUCGCUAUUUAUUAUAAAGAAGGGUUUCCGCGAGCGAGUUUUUCAAUAGAUGGCAGCACCGUGGCGAGAGGUCUAGCUGUCAUAAUCCACCAAUCAUGUUUAACAUUAACCAUGUUUUUUUAUUGGUGGAUUUUGACAGCAGCUGUCAAAUAGAACUCUCGUCACGGUGCUGCCAUCUAGUGAAAAUCUCGAUCGCGGAAACCCUCAGUAGUUAAGACGCCGGUUGUUUGCUGAAUAUAAUUAAAUCACUCGUAAAGCUGGCACGCGGUUUUAUGGAAUGCAAUUGAAUUGUGAAGACAAGCAGUGCCUUUACCACACCGGAUAGACAGCGACGCUUUAUGAUUUUAGUGCGAAUGAAUUUGAACUUUAACAUUGGUAAUUGAAGGUUCAUAAUUCCAAAUUCCAGUUCAUUACACGAAAAUCUCGCCUGGGGUUUUUUUUUCACUAGCUCAAAUUUAACCUUUAAAAUGAUCCUGCUCGCACAAGAUAGGUAUACAUAGGUACUUUUUUUAAUAAUUCACUUAUGCCAGAUAAAAUUUGUAUAAAACGUGAAGCUAUGUUUGGAUAUCGACAUUUUGAAAACUUAUAGCCAUCUCUUCAGUUAGUAAAUGACAACUUUGAUCUCUUAUACAUAAUAUAAACAUGACGCCCUUAGUCACAAAUUUAGCCGCUAAAUUCCGCCUAGCAAUAAAAAUAUGUAGGUACUGUAUCAAAAACAACAACAAGAGACCUGACGUGGCCUUACCACGAUGUCCUUAUCGCGAUUCUGUUUAGAACCUAAACUGAAUUGCUAAGGGACGGAGUUAUGCGACUUAUAUAGCUCCGUCCUUUAGCAAUUGGCUACUUUUCUACUAGUCAAAUCAGCUUCUUUUUUAGAAAUGUCAAAACGAUUUAGGUACUAAUAUUUAAUUUAUAUGAAAACUUGUGUAGUGACAUCACAGUCAACUCACCUACUUUUUAUACUUCCAUCCGAUUUAUUAAAUAUAAAUUAUGUUUAAAAAUAACUGCUAUCUAUGUUUUCCUAAUAAUUAUCUGGUGCUUUAUUUCGUGCACGGUGUGAAAUAAUUUAUUUUGAGUAUAGGAAAGUACCCAAUUCAGUUUAGGACAUCAUGGUAAGGCCCUGUACAGUUGUUUCUGAGCACCGUUUCCUUUCAGAUGGGUUUGAUAGCUAUGUAAUACAUUAGCCUUCAUUUAAAGUCAUAGUAAAUUAAUCCUAUAUAAUUAAGUAGGUUACCUAUUUUGUAAAUCAAAGUAACCUACAUCGGUACAUAAUUUUCAAUGAUUGCUGGCAUUUAUUGAGGAGAUUCAUUUGUUCUAAUGAUUCACGUUUUUUGUACUUAGUACCUGUAACCGUAAGGACUUAAAGUUCAAAAUACGAAAGCACAAAAUAUUAGAUUAGAAUGAAUUAUCUUUCGUGAUUGUUAUUGAACGUAUCAGUAUUAUUUUACCCUUAGAAACUGCAAAAAUACCUCAACAUGUUUUAAAUAAUGUCGGGCCCGUCCACGCUUUAAGUUUCGUUAAUUAAUUGUAAUAUUAGCCGACAUGCGAAAAAUGUAACCUAGAUCGAGGUUCAAUCUUAUUGUGCUACUCAGCGAUAGUUUAGAAAUUUUGUUAAAGUAAGGACGCCAAGAACGAAUAAUUUCGUACACUGAACCGCCAUUUCUUAUCUACUAUCCUGCACAUCGCCGGUCAAUGCCACAAUGCGAGCGGGACAGUAAUAAAAAUACUUAUGCGCGUGCGAUUGAGAUAGGAAAUAGCGGGUCAGUGUAAGGAAUUCUUCGUGCUUGGCGUCCAUUCGUUAUAAGUAAAUGAUUCUCAAAUGAUAGCUUUAAGCAGGCUAGCCGAAGUGUACUUCAAAUUACUUACAUGUUUGCAUAGUAAAAGUAAAAUAGGACAUAUGGGUCGAUCAGUUAUUUCUUGUAGCUAUUGAGCUCGUCAGCCAGGAGACAACUGUAACACAGUUUAGAAAAAAUGUUGUAUCUACCCAAAACAUAUCUACUACCAGGUGCUAUGCUUAGAUGGGUCAUAGCUACUCGUGGCGGCCUCCACUAAGAACUAUGUACCUACUUACAAAAGGUUUGGAGAAUUUAAAUCCUUGAAAAUUACGGUUUUAAGUGUUACAAGGGGCGUAACCAUGUAACCUAAGCGACAAGAAAUAGUUGAUAGACCCGCUACAAUCUAUAUACAUAAAUUAAACUUCUGUGUAACAAAAGCUAUUCUGCAACCUGAUGUCCAUUCAAUGUUUCUUCCUAGGUUUGGCUUGAUAAGCAACUUUAUGUAAAGUAUGUCGUUUUGAAGUAGGAAGUUGUUUAUCAAAGACUCUGGUGUGAAUAACUGUUACUAGCGUAUGGGUGUCAUUGACAGGAACACAGCUAAUUGUUAGAACGAGAAGUCCGAACUUCAUAUAUUACUGUAUUUUUCUAGCAGUUAUGUCCCUGCCUAUCAGGCACAUGAAUAAGUCAUGCAUUAGGCUUUAACCCUUUUCCAGGCCGCACCAAUCUACAAGAUUAAAUCCAAAUAUAUUCCAAUUAAUCCAGCUUUGAUGAUUCAUUUAAAGACAUGUCAAUUUUCCCAAUCUAAUUUGAAUCUUAAAUCGGAAUGCUAAAGUUGAAAUUCUAGUGGCGCGUAUGUGGUCGAUAAAUCGUACUAUGCCUGGAAAAGGGUUAACUCU